CAUGAGAAUGUUCUUUCUCCGGCCAAAGAAAGAUAAGUGUUAAGGAUCCAUCAUCUUUUUCAAGCUCUAGUUAUUUCACAAGUUUGAUGCAAAGAAGGAGCCAAAGGCAUGCACCAAGCUUGUUUGUUUCCACAUUUCUCGAGACAAUCUUCACUUUUGUUACAAGGUACCAAUGGAAGAGUGCUUCCACAAGGUUCCUCCGGAUCAAGAAGGAUCUCAGGAGUGGAUUGUACACUGUUAACGAUGACAGAAGCAAUGACGAGAAGCGCAACAAAUUGAAUUUUCGACGACGCCAUUUUUCCGAUAUAUUCAAGAUAUCUAUAUAA